AUGGCCACAAGGGGACUCGCCCCGACACCACGGGCCAACAAUGCCGGUGGUUUUGGUCUCUUCCGCACCGCUGUCCUGGGUCUUACAAAAGCCCUGACGCUGGGCGUGUCUUCCGUCGCCGCCGCGCCCCUACACGCCGUAACCCAUCCUGACAAUGAGCCCGAAGCCGAAGGCAAUUCUUUUUGGCCCCUCAUGGGCGCCUCCAUCGCCCUCGUUCUCCUUGGAGGUGCUUUUGCCGGGUUGACCAUCGCCCUGAUGGGACAAGACAGCAUCUACCUCCAAGUCCUUGCCGGCGACCCCGACGAAUCUCAGUCCAAGAACGCUAAGCGCGUCUACAAUCUGCUCAAGAAGGGAAAACAUUGGGUUUUGGUGACUCUGCUCCUCUCCAAUGUCAUUGUGAACGAGUCUUUGCCCGUCGUACUGGACCGCUGUCUUGGUGGAGGUGUUGAGGCUGUUGUCGGCAGCACUGUGCUUAUUGUCAUCUUUGGCGAAGUUGUUCCUCAAUCGGUCUGCGUUCGAUACGGUCUUCAAAUCGGUGGCUACAUGUCCAAGCCGGUUCUACUGCUCAUGUGGCUUAUGGCGCCCAUUGCUUGGCCUACGGCUAAGCUUCUCGACUGGGCGCUCGGCGAGGACCACGGCACCGUGUACAAAAAGAGCGGCUUGAAGACCCUGGUCACACUGCACAAGUCCCUUGGCGAAGUUGGUGAACGCCUGAACCAAGAUGAGGUUACCAUCAUCAGUGCUGUUCUGGAUUUGAAGGAGAAACCCGUCGAGAAUGUCAUGACUCCUAUGGACGAUGUCUUCAUCAUGGCCGAGGAUACUGUUCUUGACGAGAAGACCAUGGACCAGAUUCUUUCCGAAGGCUACUCCCGUAUUCCCAUUCACGCAACCGGAAAGCCGACCGACUUUGUCGGCAUGCUCCUGGUCAAGAUCCUCAUAACGUACGACCCGGAAGAUUGCUUGCAGGUGAAGGAUUUUCCCCUGGCCACGCUGCCCGAGACCCGUCCUGAGACCAGCUGCCUGGAUAUUGUGAACUUCUUCCAGGAGGGCAAAUCCCACAUGGUGCUGGUUUCCGAAUAUCCUGGUGCUGAUUACGGUGCGAUUGGUGUCGUCACCCUCGAGGACGUUAUUGAGGAGCUUAUUGGAGAGGAAAUUAUUGACGAGUCGGAUGUCUACAUUGACGUACACAAGGCCAUUCGUCGCAUGACUCCUGCUCCCAAGGCGAGAACUCCCAAGAGGGCAGGACAACCUUCCCCGAGGCCUAUUCCCGAAGACGGCGAUCUCAUCCAGUUUGGCGAAGAAUCGCAUCCCCCGUACGAACGCAACGGAUCCAUCAGUGCUCUCAGCGAUGCCCCGGAGAACCUCUCUAGUAGUGCGCCGAGGACGACGUUCUUGAUGAGAAGGAGUUCUGCCGGUCCGGACGGGCGCAUGACUUCUUCUACUGUUCCAGUCAAGGCCACGUUUGACGAGGCUAAGCAGCAUCUCAAGCACCUUGGACCCUCCAAUCGCGCUUCGAAUCCUAAGAACACAAAGUCCACGACAGUCAAGAUCAAGCCGGUUCCGACUGGUGUGCCUCUGUCCCAGAUUCACAGCCCCUCUCCGGCUCUCCGCCCCGCCUCCGUGGCCGGUGACGUCAGCGAAGAUAGGCUGGAAGACGAGACAGACGAACACACACCUCUCGUGCGUCCUAUGCUCACCGGAAAGGGCGGUGUCCACGCGAUCCGUAAGAGUUAUGGCGGGGCGGGUAUGAGCGAGACCCAGGUCAGGCUCUCAAGUGGUGGUCACGAUGCUGAAGAUGGCAAGAAUGCUCCUGACUUAGACGUGCCCCCGACCGUUCCCGAAAACGGUAGCUCCGAAGUGACGCGAACCGGGAAUUCCGAAACUGCCCGAGCAGACUUGACCAUUAUCGUCUCUCCCGGCCGGGCCAGCAGCGCGACAAGCGUGGCGAGCAUCGUUGAAGAAGGAUCUGCUACGCCCAAGCGCCGGCCUCUUGUUCGAAGCGGUAGCAUCAGUGAGAAUGUGGUUGAGACCAGCAGUGGUGUGCGGAAGAUCAUUAUCCAGGCCGCUAGCUCAGAUUCCGACGAGGCCGGGUCUAAGGGAUCUUCAGAACAGCGGUCCCGGACGACCAGCCAGAUCCGUGUGCAGUCUUCCAGUCACGAUUCCGAAGGCGAAGAAAAUGACGGCGAUGGUGCGUCCAGCACUGCACAAAGCACCAACAACAGUCAACAAGCGAGUAAAAAGAAGAACAGGAGGAAGAAGAGGAAAAACAAAUCUUAA